GCUCGGCGCUCGAGUACCUUGGAGACACAAAAAAAGCUUAAUUUAGUGAAAGGAAUCCUUUCUAGAGCAACUGUUAGACCUAUGGAAGAUAUGAAAACACAGAGUUUUUGUUCUUCCUCUCGCGAUUUGCUCGGAAUAAUGCAUUUUUGGUGACCAAAUGGACAUUAUUAGAGGCAAGAAGCGUUCAAUGCACUGAAUAAUAAAGACUACAAAAGGAAAGACUAUUACGAGGAAGCUUUGGCAUCAAUAAUGGAAAGAUAUGACGUUAUUAGAACCCUCGGCAAAGGAACUGGUGGAAGAGUACUUCUAGCAGCCGAGAAAGAAAGUGGAAAGUAGGUAUACAGUUUUAUUAGAGUGUUUACUAUAGUUAUUAGAGUAAUAAAUGUUUUGAUUAUUUACUUCUUAACUUUUGUUUGGCUUACCUUAACACGAUUAAUUAUAGCAAUAUAUACAUGAAAAAAAUUACGCCCCGCUGAUUGGCUGAAAACGAAUGCAUUUGUAUGGGUCAAUUGCACGAGCCCAUAUGGCAAGUGCAAUUUUUAGUCUCUGAAUUUUUUUGUGCUUAUUUACACCAAAUUGCAAUCAAAAUCAUGUUAUUACUUGUUAAUAAUUUACAUGAAAAACGCAUCAUAGAAAGUCAAGACGGGCGAAAUCUUGGUAGAGCGCGCGCUAUUUGUAAUUUGCAAUGUGUUUCAAAAUUGGACUCACGUUGCAUGAAAAAUGCUCUCGUUUUAGUAUGAGUAAUCACAUGAUUUUGAGUGCAAUUUGGAACAAACAAGCAGAAGCAAAUUUUUUCACAGACUAACAAAAUUGCACAGGCGCAUAGGGCGAGUGAAAUUUGUGGUCUUUGAAAAAACUUACAAGUGCUUAUUUAUUCCAAACUGCAGGAGAAAAAUCAUGUGAUUAGGUAUUAAUAAUGUAUGUGUAAGAGUAUGAGAUAGCUGAUCAUAAUUAUGCAGAAGCAAAGCGUGCGCAUCAAGUAAAAAAAUAAUUUAUUCAAACCCUGUUGGUGACAUUGUGCAUUUGGUCAAAACAACUGUGUAAGAUCAAAACAAAAAUAUACAUAAUUUGAUAUUUUCACAUCUUUAAGGUGCAAAUAAGUUCAAAGUUGGGCUAAACAGUUCAAGGAAUUGUUCAAUCUGGUUUGUUACUUCAUUGCACUGAAUUAACCCUCUUCUACACUGAAUUACCUGAAAACUGCAUUUAUCUUAACCAAUCAGAACUGAGUAUUUUUUCCAUGUAUCUUAAUAUUCAUGUAACAUGCACGCAAAGUAACUGUUAAAUGAGUGCAAAGUUGUAACAUGAGUGCAAAGUUGUAACAUGAGUGCAAAGUUGUAACAUGAGUGCAAAGUUGUAACAUGAGUGCAAAGUAUGAAUAGCAUGUGCAGGCUGUCAAAAUUUCAUUUGUGUUGACUCACUGUUAUGCUUCUUCAUGUAAGCUGUUAAUAAGAUUUUAUUGUUUUUAAAAAAUUUACUCUUGCUUAUCAACCAAACUGCACUAGAAAUUGUGAGAUCACCUAAUUUGCAUCUUGACUACAACAACAAAUUAUCAGUUUUGAUGAGAAAAUCUUGGUUAAAGUUUGAACUUGUUUUUUCCUUAGGCAGAUUGCUAUUAAAGAGAUAAUUUUAGAUCCAAAUAAAAAGAACAGAACAAAAGAGGCUGUGUUAAAGGAAGCAAGGUACAUUCACUUGUGCAAGUUAUUUUAUCAGCUGAUUAUUACUAUUAUUAUUAAUUUAUUAUUAUUAUUAUGAUUAUCAUUGUUAUCUUCAGCAUCAUCAUUAAUUAUUAGUAAGAGAUGCAGUACUAUCACUCUUUAUCUCUCUACUGAAUUGUGAGGGAGGCCUGAUAAAUUAUGCAAAGGGAAAGGGCAGGGGGUAACCUUGCAGUGGACUGGCAUUCUAUCCAGGGAAAGUAGUAAUGCUCCAGUAGUACUUGCUUCAUGCCACAGAAACUGAGAUUUUGUAGAACAGAUUAUGCUUUCAUUUCAUAUGGGAUUUGUGCACAUAAGAAAUGUUCAGCAUCAAAUGUUUUCAUUAAAAGCUGCUAUAAAAAAGCUCUUAAAAUUACUUUCAUUUUUAAGUAAUUUUGUGCAGGCCAGCAUACAAUUUCUAUGCGGAAACUGGAUCAAAAUUGAGAUCAGUGAUGUACAGAAUUACAUUAAUGGUGCAAUGUCACCUUAUCACUAUCCAAGAUAGAGCUGAAAUGUUAAUUUGUUGAGGAAUAUAGUUACAUCUUUUGCUAUUAAAUACACUACAAAUAUACUUGUUUUAUUUUGUAUUACAGCAUUUUAGCCCAUUUAAAACAUCCUCAUGUUGUUUCGUUACAAGAAUCUUUCUUUAAUUCAUCAGAGGAGCUACUUUUUAUUGUGCAGGUGAAUGUUUUAAAAUUUAUACUAAUGAUAUAAUGGAUUUUACUUUAAACCCCUGAGAGUGACUAGUGUCUCAUUUCUCCUUACAACAUCAUUCCUGAAUCAAACAACAUAAAGUGGAAAUGAUCACCAACUAAAAGAAGCUGUUGAUUGUUUAACAAAUUCUCUUUGUAUAGAGAACAGUAUGGAGAAUAUUCAAACUGAUAUUAGUGUGUAGGGCAUCAGUAUUGCUAAUUUUAUGUCAUUUUCAUCAUCACAUCAUUAAUCAGUAUCAUUAUUUUUACAGUUUGAUUUUUUUUUUAUAACUUACAAUUGUUUGUAAGUUUGAUAUCAUUGAUAACAAACAUAAGAAUCAUUUCCCUGAAUGAAAUAUUGGAUGUCCUAUGUUUUGUAUACUUUGUCUUGCAGGAUUUUUGUGAUGGGGGGACUCUUCAUGAUCAGAUAGUCAAUGCCGUAGAGGUUUGUCUGUUCAGGAAGUUAAUUAAAUACGCUAAAAUAACUUAUUCUCAAGUAAAAACAGCACUUCUUAUAGAAGUGUUACUCUUAUGGUGAGCAGGACUGUCAAUAAGGGCAGUUCCUGUAACACUGAGCUCAUUUUAUGUUACUGGUGAGGUUGUUGAUUACUAAAAUGUAACACGUGGGCACAUAUGACAAGUUGCUAUGAGUGAUAUCUCCAAUGAAAUGACCUCUUCAAAACUCAUUGACAGCCCUUGUUAAGAUUGCAGUAUAGGCACAAAUGUGCAUGUUAUUGAUUGCAGAGUAAAGUGCAUGUGUAGCAAACAAGCUAAGUAAUUGGAGCAGUUGACUCUGAAAAGCUUAAGUAUCAACUGAAGGGAAAUGUUGGAAAAGCUGAGGUAUCAACUGAAGGGAACUGUUGGAAAAAGCUGGCAUUUUAGGGAAGUGUGUGUUUCUAACCACAGAUUGUGAUGAGAUUGGAGAGAAACUUGUUUUUUACUUGUUGAGUUGGACUGUUUGAUCAUUGCCACUUUUUUUUUCCACAGCCGUUUUGUUAUGAACCUGUGGAUCAUUUCAAUUUAUGUUUUAAUCUUUUUAGAAAAAGUCUCCAUUUUCAGAGGAGCAGAUAAUGCAGGUAAGUUAACAUGUAGCCACAGCUGUAAUAAAAAUUCAUGCAAAUGAACACAAGAAAAAUGUAUAUGUUAUAUAUUUAAUGUAUAGACUGAAUGAUAAAUCAUUCUAGAAUGUGGUAGGGGUAUGACAGUGAUUUUUUUUAACACUCUUACACCCACAAGUAGACUAAAAAGGCUUUCAGUAGUUAAGUCAACCAUUUUGUUGAUUAGGUGAGUGAUAAAACCUCAAGGAUACUGUGACUUUUGCAUAACUAGAGAGUGUUUUGAAUUUAGAAACCCCAUACAAAAAUCAUUGAGCUAUUUUAAGGUUGAAUGGAAGUCUGCAUCAGUGUUUUGUAUGGAUUUGGGGACACUGUGGUGAGACAUCAUGGCAAUAAAACUAUAAUCUGUUAUUUUGCAGAUUGAUUAGUUUCCUAAUUUAUGAGUUGAUAUAGAAUAAUAAUCAAUUUUGACUCAUUGUUGUAAAUGUAUGGUACACAAUGCACUUGCCCUGCAAUUUAUGACAAUCAUAUGUGAUCUUGACAUUUUGAAUGUAAGAGCAAUCUUUGCAGUAAUGAACUCUUUUUAUUUAUUGAUAAGCAGCAGUGAAAAUAAGGCCUGAAAAAAAAAGAAGAAAAAAUUCAGGCCUGUACGGGAUUUGAAUGCCUGACCUCUGCAAUACCAGUGCAGAGCUCUGCCAACUGAGCUAACAAGCCAACUUGGAGUUGCUGAUGAAUUAAUGUCUGUGACCACAUGAAAAUCAUUCAAGUCGUAUUUCUCUACUGCUUAAGUGUGUAAAUCAUUACUGUGAAGAUCUCUCUCAUAUUCAUUUCUAAAUCCGCAUUAAUUCACAGUCAUUUACUCAUCACGGGUUUCUUACAAACAAACAAAUCCUGAACAGGACUGAAUUUUUUUCAUGCCUUAUCUUCAAUACUGAGAAAAUCGCUCUCGUAUUCACUUCUUUUUCUUAUUCAAGCUGUUUUUGAACACUUUCAUUUGCUCUGCUUUGGUUACUUUUCUUUACAGUGGUUUAUUCAAAUGACUAUGGCUCUGCAGCAUAUUCACUCCAAGAAAGUUCUUCACAGGUAAAUUUUGAAGUAAUGGCAGAUGCCUCAGAUUUGUAAAGUUAGUGUGCAAAAUAGAUAGGAAAGAGCAAAGAAACAAAUAUGCGCGCGCGGGGCCGUCUGGAUCACAGUGAGACAGACGUAUUCAGUCGUCUCUCUGUUGAAAAACAGUGAGUGCCACGCUUCACUCUUGUUUCUCAUGAGUUCGUUGGACACUCGAGGAGGAGUCUGUUAGUGCUCGCUUAUUUCACGUCCUGUCCAAGGUUUCUGUUCCGAAAAAGAUGCACUGUUCAAGAUGCUAAAUGAUGAAAUUACAUACCAUUUUGAAGCUCAGGAACCAGAAGACUAUGCACGUUCGGGCAUUUAAAUGCCUUUUUGGUGAAAUAAGGAUGUACCACCCUUCCUUCGUCCUUUCCUCACCCUUUCCCACCCCUCCCCUCUGAGCGAACUCAGCUCUCCCCAUAAUCCAGAAGCUCUCUGCUAACUGAGUGAACCGUACGAACAGACGAAGAGCGAACGUCCAGCGAACGAGCGCAGGGAAAUUAAGGAAAUGCGAACUAAGGAACAAACUUCACAAAAGAUUGAAUAUACGAGUGAACGAAGAAUAACCGAAAUCCUAACGAACAAAUGAAAAAAACGAUUGCGUGGAAGGUUUAAUCUAAGAACCAAGAGGCGGGUGAUCUAAUGCAGAUGAAAUAAAAGAAUAAAGUUGUGAACUAUUCCCGUCUCUUUUCCUUUUUGAACAGAACGUGACCUUCAUCAAGUAACACGUUUCUUUUUAUUUAUUUUUCAGGGAUUUGAAAUCACAGAAUGUGUUCUUGACAAAGAAAGGAGUUGUUAAAAUAGGUAACAAGAUGUUUUAUAUCACUCACUACCUUUUUUUAGUAGAAAGGUUGUCUUCUUAAGGUUCCAUCAUGUUCAUGUAACACUUGGCUCGACAGGCAGACAUAAAGAUCGAUAGGCAAGAGGCAAACAGAUAAACCGAAAGAUAGACAAGAGGCAAACAGAUGGAGAGACAGAUGGAGACAAAGAGGCACUGGUAGUAAUUAUCAACACUUCUCUCUUGAAUUUUUCUUCUCAUUAUUUCCGUGUUAGGUGACUUUGGAAUUGCGCGAAUGAUGGAGAACACUUUUGACAUGGCACAAACUUGUUGUGGUACUCCAUGUUACUUGAGCCCUGAGCUAUGCCAGGAUAUGCCGUACAGCUCCAAGGCUGAUGUCUGGGUAAGGACAUUGAUCGGUUGUGAAUCUAGUUAGUUAGAGUCCUGCAAAGGGUCCCCACCAAUAGGAGAGUCCAAUUCCAAAAACAUUUACGUGCCCCUUGAUCGUGAGAAUUUGAAAGCCGGGAAAAGUAAAUAAACUUUAACGUUAUACUGAAUAAUGCUGAAUAUCUGGAUGGUCAGAAAACUUAUACUUCCUUCGGUCCAGAUCAGUUAGCCCUAUUAGAGUAGUUUUCCAUCGACUAUCGAUUAACUAAAACCAAAGUAAUUUCAACAGCCAGUCAUAACAAAGAUCAACACCAUUAUUAGCCAAUAAAAACUCAAAGUUAAAAACAGGCAUACAACCAAAAAUGCGUGGAAACGCCGGUGACCAAGCCACGAUUGUUUCGUUUUGCGUCUGAUCGGUUAAGGGGAUGGCGCAUGCUUUUUAGGCCAAUCACAGAGCGGAAUAAAGCAGAAGCAAAGUAAUCCCCGAUUCCUUUCUAGACUCUCCAUAAGUAACGGUAUCAUAGGAAUAUUUGCAAGCGCAAUGCUUUACAACGCGCGCUACCGAGGAAUUGAUGAGUGAACUGUUUUCUUUUCGCAGGCCCUUGGUUGUCUUCUUUUUGAGAUGUGUGCGUUGCGUUAUGCUUUUGAUGCAACAAACUUUGUCAGUUUGUUUUACAAGAUUGUCAAAGUGGACCACGGAGUAAGCCUUUAAAUUUCUUAAUUUUUCUUCAUACAGCUUUCCUUGAGGAGGGUUCAUGUUAAACUGUACCGAUUAAUCGUUUGCGAUUAGGCUCUCUUUAGUGCCGUGGUGAGAGCGGCCAAGCCUACGAUAUAACAGCCGGCGAGGGUGCAAGAGUUCUUGCGUGGGGUUUGGCACUAAAGAAUACUCACGGACUUCUCGCGCGCUCAUAUAGUUCGCCAGUCGUGUCGCAUUGUUUUGUAUUUUUUCUUCUUUCCUUUCGAUUUGACGUCACUGGUGGUCCUUGAAAUCUGAUUAGUUGUCAGCAUUACAAUUUCUUAACUGCGAUUAAUUGCGAUCAAGAAUGACGUUGCUUUUUCCCUUUAAAUCUCAUCUAGUUCCCAACGGCUGAGAUAUGAAAUACCAAACGAAAAAAUCACCCAAUCAGAUUAAAAGACCUGUGAAAGUAACAAACUGGAUUCCAGAGAAUGGAAGACAAAUUUAGAAGAAAAAGCGAAAAAAAUUUACAAACCGGCCACUGAAUCGAUUUUGAUAUCAUUUUGAUAUCACGCAUAUAAUUUUUCAAUUCAGUUCAAUGACCAUUGUUAAUUUUCUCUCUAGGAAGUUCCAGCACGGUAUUCGUCUUCCUUAAAAGCCCUCAUCAAACAACUUUUGGCAAAGUCCCCGGAUGACAGACCAUCGUAAGUGAGGGUUCAUUUGACUUUUCACAUAACAAUCACGUGCUGUAACGCUAAGCACGCGAUCCUCCCUGUAACUUGCUUUCAUCUUCCAAGAUGAAGUGACAAUAGCUGCAGUUUGACCGUUCGAUUCAAGUUCGAGUUACCCACGAGUUACUGCUAUGAAUUAAUUUUUUUCUUUUUCUCUAUUUGUUUUUUAAAAUAUAUUUUAGCGCUAAUUUAUCUUUUCAGUGCGGGAGCAAUCCUUAACCUGUCUUUUGUUCAAGAGCAUCUCGCAAUUUUCAUCAAAGAAAAGGAAAACCUCCAAGAGUCGUUGCAUGCAAAGUAAGUAAACUCACCUAGUUCAUGAUACGCGCCAUAUCAGAAGUACGUUUCAAAAUACCUUUCUAAUGGCAUCCUACAAAGCUAAGUUAGGCGACGGAUAUACACGAGGUUCCUACUAUGUAAAUCAGGAAUUCUGAUUGGUGUUGCAAAUCGUUUGGCUAUAAAUCAUUUUGCCAAAAUUCUAAGAGUGGCUUGAUUGGUAGUGAACAGUGCCCAAACGAAACUCAGUGUAUGUCUAGAGGGCGAUUUCUGCCAAACAUGAUGACAUUAUCAAUCAUGUCUUGUUGUUAGACAGCUGUUGAAGACCGCAGCUGGGAGUAGAAACAAGUCUCCCAGCAUGCCUCAGCGGCCAUUGUCGGCUGCAGGAAUCAAAUCCCCGGAUGAGAACCGCAGAUUGAUGAAGGUCAGAUGCAAGUCAGCUCAGCCAAUAAACAGAGAACAUCAGCCAAUACCGACAGAGCAAAAGAAAGGUAUGACACAUGAUCAGCUCUUGAUCGUCGUCAUCAGAUACUUACACUGACCAUGGUAGCUAAACAGUACUUCCUACAUACUUCUAGAGCCAAGCUCUAAUGAAGGGCUAACGCUCGAAAUGUCAGCUUUUAAGACACUUUACGGUGGCCAAUUUACGUUAUCAACUCUGUUGAUAAAACCAAAUUUUUAUGUGGAAAGAUUUUUGUUGUGGAGACAACAAAUAAUUUAACCUUUUUCUAAAAUAUAUAUAUUUUUCUGAACUAAAUGAUGACACAAUGCCUACUCGAAUAUUGUUUGACCAUGUUACAUUCAGAAGUCAGUCCAAUAUGUCAGCCGGAAGACCCUGGCGAGUAUUCCGACGAUUUCGACGAGUCGGACGACGAAGAUUACUCGGAUGAAUUCGAAGAUGAUUCGGAGCUAAACGGUAACUCACUGAAGAAGCCAUUAUCUGCAACAAAACUGACAGAAAGUGGAGGUGACGAGGAGACAGAAAAUGAAUAUCCUGAUGACUUUGAAGAUGACUCCGAAGAAGAAGAGGUAUGUUGUAAUCAGAAUACGAUUGAAAAACGCAGAGAGCAUUAAAAUAUUUACUUUUCCUCAAGUGGAAUUAUCCAAAUGUUUGUUUACCAUACUAUUUUCUCCAGGUUCUAGGUGACAUUUUGACCAAUGCCAGAGCUGCUCAUGAUGGUGAAGGUGAGUCCUGCUUCCAUUUGGACGAUUAGUUAAAUGCAAAUGCCAUGGGUCUAUUGAGAAAUUCCAAUAUGGAGGAUGGCUCUAUGCUACUGAAUCAUGGCUGGACUGAUGGUUCAGAUAUUACUUAACAAAAAGAUUCCACGUUGCCGUAUCUCUGUUCAGUAAUAGAUCCCAAAUGACAUCAAAAUGUGGUAAGAACAAAAAUCUGGCAGAUGAGACGCAGCCGAGUGUGUCACCGAUGUCUUUAUAACAUUUUGACGUCUUACGCGAGCUUUUAUUAAACAGACCCCCGACAACAUGGAAUCAAUAUGUUUUAUACCAUGUAAAAGCAAAAUGUUGUUAAAGGUGACGUCAUCUAUGCAUCUGUCCUCUGAUAGGUCAUGCGUGAAUGAUUCAGCUUAUCAUAUAGUUUAAACUGCUGUGUGUCCUGGUGUUAUUAUUAUUAUUAUUGCUUUGUCCUACAAUUAAUAUUGAAAUUCCUUGUCGCAGUACCGGAAGAAGAAGUCGUUGAGGACUCCGACAGGCCAUUGUCUUGUAAACAGAAGCUCAAAGAGUAGGUGGAUAGUGAUAUGCUAUGUCAUGCGCUACUUACACCAACCAAUUUUGUACUCUGCCCUUAAGAUUCCUACCUCUUUCAACGAGAACUCUUCCGUCGCCUUUUAGAUCUUGGAAAUAUGACCCGAGAGUUCUUCGUUUGCAAGCUGAGAUGAUCUUCUCUGUUCUCUAUCAUCCUUGAUCACUUCUGAUUUAAUUUAUUGCUCUUGUAUUGGCGUAAGAUUUUUUCGUGCUAUCUCAUCAGGCAUGUGAUAACAGUUAUCGGAGAAAAAAUGUUUGAGGAAGUACGGGAGAGGUUUGCCAAAGGAGAGUUGGAAACUGAUCAAAGGUAGGAAUGUUUUCGAUCGAUUGACGCGGGUGUAUAGUUGUUGGUGACAAUCAUAGUCGGUGAGGGGUAGGGUAGGGGCAGGAGGUUGUUCUAAUUAGAAUGAAAAGCUGUAGAACAUAGUUCAGGUCUUGUUUAUUUUUACGAUAUGAUGAAAAUUUUGAGGAUAUGGAUGAGGAGUCACCCACUCCCUCUUCCUCCCUUACCCUCUUUAAAAGCAGUGAAAAGACAGUUACAUAUAAGUCAUAAAGAGUGCUAUAUAAUGGAAGAAAACUAUAUAACAGCUUCUUACACUUUUUUUCACUCUCCAGACCUGAAUUCGAACAAGUAACAGGAUCCAAAAUGGUGGAAACUUGUUAUCUGGUGAACGAGUUAUUCAUUGGAUCAGAGGAAAGAAGUUGACUUUGUCUUAUACAUAGAAUCACUGCUGUGUCAGAGGGAAAGGAACGAACCUAUGACUCCGUUUCAUAGACAUUGAUAAAUCUUAGUUUUUUCUAGCAAGAUUUAGCGAUCAUCGUGACUAAUUUAACUCAGAGCUUUCGAAGAGUGGGCGUUAUGCUUUAG